AAGUCAGAGGCUAUUGUACUCCCUGCUGCCUCCCAUCCUGGGCCUCAUUUCCCAGGCAGGACCGAAGUUUGCCAGUCCUUGCUCUCUACUGUGUCUGCCUUUAUCUGGGCGAGGACAGUUCUCUGGAUUGUUCCUGUGCUGGGGGCUGCGGGGAGCACUUCAGCAGACUCUGCAUUUUCUACUGUUUUAGUGGAAACAUUCGGGUCGGCGCUCUGACCAGAAAUGUCUUUUCUCUCUUGAACUGAUCAUCCAGGGUUAACUGGCAUGGAUUGGUUCACCUCCUAUUUCCUGUCAGGAAAGAAUUUUGAGCAAUUGGCCCAAAAAUGUGUCCCUCACUACUCCACCUUGAUCAGCAAGGCAGUGGGGAUCCUCUCUCAGGAAAGUGUUGAACGUAUUCAAAGAGUCUUUCAGGAGGGGAAGCUAAAAGAGGUGGUUGAAGAGAUUCAGGAAGCACUUCAGAACUCUGAGAAUGCUCCCUUGAAUGUGGCUGUGAUUGGGCAAUCUGGUUCUGGGAAGUCCAGUUUCAUCAAUGCCCUGUUAGGUCUUGGUCAUGAAGAGGAGGGGUCUGCUCACGUUGGAGUUGUGCCAACCACCAUGAAGAAAACCCCCUAUCAACAUCCGAAAUAUCCCAGUGUGACCUUCUGGGACCUGCCUGGAACUGGGACUCCCAAUUCCCUUCCAGAUCCUUAUCUAGAAAUUGUGGGAGAUGAUGACUAUGACUUUUUCAUCAUUAUUUCUUCCUCACGGUUCAGCUCAAAUGAUGCUCUCCUGGCCCAGAAAAUCAAGGAGAAGGGGAAGAAUUUCUACUUUGUUAGAACAAUGGUGGAUGUUGAAUUACAUAGUGAAGAGAAAAGCAAACCCAUAUCCUUCAAAAAGGAGAGAGUCCUUCAGCAGAUCCAAGAUGACUACCUGGCUAUUCUCAGCAACAUCGGAGUAUCUAAUCCGUGUGUCUUCCUGGUCUCCAACUUUCACCCAGAUAAGUUUGAUUUCCCAAGACUGCAGGAGACAUUGCUGCAGGAUCUCCCUGCACAUAAGCGCUACACCUUUGUGCUCCAAUUGUCCAAUUUGUCUGAUGCUUUCAUUGAGGUGAAGAGAGUUAUCCUCAAAGAGAAGAUCUGGCUGAAUGCCCUGAAAUCAGCCGCUUUGGCCAUCAUCCCUUUCAUGGCCUUCUUCAGUGGCUUUGACUUGCCUAAACAGGAGAAGUGCUUGAACCUUUAUCGAAGCUAUUUUGGUUUGGAUGAGCAGUCAGUCAAAGAGAUUGCCCAGAAACUGGGCACAUCUGUGCAAGAGAUCAAGAGCUCCACAAAGUCCUUGGAUUUCUGGUUAUUUGUGAAGAAUGACAGUAUAGCAGCAAAGGCCAUGAAAUGUGCUGAAUCCUUUUGCUCAGUGAACGGAGGACUCCGAUCUUCUAUCUUUCAAUUUUUGAAAGUAUAUUUUUUACGUUUGAAGUUCAUCAAUACGGUGGCUGAUGAUGUUAAAAUGCUGUUGCAUAAGACUUUAGAGAGCGGAAGUCUAAGAGAAUGAGGCAGAGAUGGGUAGAGUUGCCUAACCGAAUAACAAAAGGGCCUCAGGUCUUGUGUUCUCUGGGUGGGAGCAGGAUCCUCUUCUACCCACCACCAAGGCCAACACUACCCUAAAGUAAAAAGAUUGUCUCACUGUUGGAAAAAGACAAUUGCUCCACAUUGAUGCUACACUGCUAAGUAAAGGGGAUUUGACCAUAACCUCUUUUCUGUACUCUCUAAGCUAUUUUGCUCUAAUCAUGACAGAUAUGCACCAUAUAACUUUCAUUAAUCUCCUGGUGUUAUAAGGUAUUUUUCAUUUGCAAGUUUUACUCUGAUAAUAAACGUUUGGUAAUAAUUAUGA